UAAAAGAACUGAAAUAAUCAGGUCACUCACAAAGAAGGUAAAAACCCUUGAAUCUAAUCAAACUGAAUGCCAGGCAGUUCUUCAGAAGACUCAGCUACAGCUUCAGGAAAUGGCUCAAAAGGCAACCCAUUCCUCUCCCCUCUCUGAGGACCUCGAGGCUAAAAAUGAAAAUCUCAGCAACACAUUAGUGGCACUUUCUGCCCAGGCAGGACAAUUACAAGCUCGAAAACAGGCUCUCACUACAAUGAUAAAGCUAAAGGACAAAGAUAUUAUCGAGGCCGUCAACCACAUUGCAGACUGCUCGGGAAAAUUUAAACUGUUAGAGCAUACCUUGCAUGAUGCGAAGAUGGUGGAGACAUGUAUCGUGAAAGAAAAGCAAGAUUACAAGCAGAAAAGGUAUAAAUUGAAGACACUUGAAGUUGAAGUCAAUAAACUGAAAGCAGAGAGAGAAAAAAGGAAAGAUGAGUUACUUGAUAUUGCAAAGUCAAAGCAAGAGCACACAAACACAGAACUCCAUAAUCUGAGACAGAUUUAUGUAAAACAACAGAGUGAUCUGCAGUUUCUUAAUUUUAAUGUGGAAAAUUAUCAGGAAUUAAUACAGAUUUAUGACUCAAAGAUGGAGGAAUCAAAGGUUCUGGAGUCCAGCAGAGACAUGUGUUUGUCAGACCUUGAGAAUCACUGCCUGAAAGUCGACAUCAAGAAGGAGAAAAAUCAGAGGUCAUCGGUUAAAGAUGCAAAAUUUGAGACCAUGUUCCCACAAAAUUAGUCAGACAGGAGCCCCUGUGAUGUGUGCAAAGAGAAGAAGCGACAGGAUCCUUCAUUUGGGGAAAAAAGUGUAUUUGCUAUCUCAUCUCUGUUUACAAAAGACUUACUAGAGAAGCAAAAGUCUUGGUCUCUGGGAGGGAAAAUGCAGAUCGAACUGGAAAACCAAAGUAGAUUGUGCAAGAUCCAUGCAAAGUCACCAAAAGGUAAUGGGAUUGGGAUUCAGAAUGAAGAGAAACAACUCUCUGAAACAUCCACAUCAUCUGAUAAGAGACAGUGGCAUGAUGUCAACGUGUACCUGGGCCUGGCCAGCUGUUCUGGUUCCAGACAACCAGAAAAGCCAGAUGUUGAAAGUCAAGAUGACAUAGAAAGUAUGUGCUGUUGCCAUAAAAAUGAGACCUGUCUAGGGGAGAGUGAUAUGUAUGAAUCCAAGUGCUGCCACACGAGUAAUUUCAUCAUUGAAGCCCCAAGCCCCAUGUCUGACAUGGAGUGGAUGAGCAUUUUCAAGCCUUCUAAAGUGCAAAGGACUGUUCGCCACAAAUCUGUGUGUACUUUUUCGGAAAGUGCCAGUGGGAGGAACCACAACUCCGCCAUGAGUGAGCUAAUUGCCAUCCAGCAUUCCCACUGUUCGGGUUCUUCAAAAUCUGCCCCUAGAGAGGAUGAGAAAUUGAUAGAGACAGAGCCCUCUUCAGAUGCAAAGAACUCACCUAAGAUUUUCUUAUUCAACAAAGAGGCACCAUCGUCCAGUGACAAGGAUGACUUUUUGCCCACAAGCAAGCUUCAGCGUUUGCUGGCAGAGUCUCGCCAGAUGGUUACGGACCUGGAGCUGAGUACUCUGCUCCCCAUCAGCUCUGAGAAUCUCAGCAGCAGUGCCAGAAACAACUUAGAAGUCGCACAAGAGUCAGCUCAGAAAAAUACCUUUCUUAGUAACUGAAGAACACAAAAGUCAACUUCACUGUUCAUUGUGGUCGUAGAAGCCAAUUUCUCAUCUUUGGAAGGCAGAAAGCAGACAUCAAUACCUAAUACUUAACCUUGAAAACAAAAAGGGGAUUGUAGUCCUUUGUAAGCAACAUUUAAUACCAAAGGGAAGCAGAAACUGAAAGUUAAUUUUUUAACAUCUAUAGUUUGUUUGUUUUCAAGUUGACUGUUUUCAUGUUGAGGACUUUUUUUUUAAUGUGUAAGAAAUUAGACCUUACUGUGUAUUCUCUAUAUACAAACUUGGA